CCGGCUUCCGUUCAAUCUUCUGCGUUUGGCAUUCAUUGUUGAAGGUCGUGUGUGGACCUUAGUUAUUAGUUUAUUAUUAAUAAGCCUACAUAUAAGUCAGUCAUGGCCAAUAACGACAAUUUCGCGCAAGAUGUUACAGAACAAUUAAAUGGAAAUAUGGAAAACGGUGGCGGCGAUAUUCAAGACAAUAAUGGAGAAGCGUCGGGACGCGAUGACGACAGAAAACUCUUUGUGGGAGGCCUCAGCUGGGAAACUACAGAUAAGGAGUUGCGUGAUCACUUCAGUGCGUAUGGAGAGAUAGAGAGCAUCAAUGUGAAGACAGAUCCCAACACGGGGCGGUCGCGAGGGUUCGCCUUCAUUGUUUUCAAAGCACCGGAUUCUAUUGAUAAAGUGAUGGCGGCAGGAGACCACACAAUCAACAAUAAGAAAGUCGAUCCAAAGAAAGCUAAAGCGAGGCAUGGGAAGAUAUUUGUUGGAGGUUUAAGCAGUGAAAUCUCAGAUGAUGAAAUAAAGAACUUCUUCAGCAAUUUCGGCACUAUAAUUGAAGUUGAAAUGCCAUUUGAUAAGACAAAGAACCAAAGAAAAGGAUUCUGCUUCAUAACAUUUGAGUCUGAGCAAGUUGUCAAUGAGCUCCUCAAGACUCCCAAGCAGACCAUCGCCGGCAAAGAGGUGGACGUGAAGCGCGCCACGCCGAAGCCGGAGGGCCCGGGCGGGCUGGGCACGCGCGGCGGGCGCGGCGGGCGGGGCGCGCGCGGCGGCCGCGGCGGGCGCGGCGGCUACGGCGGGCAGGGCACCUGGGGCAACCAGGGCUACGGCGGCUACGGCUACGGACAGGGCGGCUACGGCGGCGGAUACGAUGGAUACGGAUACGGCGGCUACGGAUACGACGGCUACGGCGGAUACGGCAGUUACGAUUACUCCGGCUACCCUAAUUACGACUACGGCGGGUACGGAGGGUACGAGGGCGGCUACGGCGCGCGCGCGGCUCCACGCGGGAAAGCGGGCUACCAGGGCGGCAAGCAGCGCGGCGGCGGCGGCGGCCGCGCCAACCAGAGGCACCAGCCCUACUGAACUCUCUGUACCUGCCCAAACUCAUCUCAGUCCAAUAAUAAGGUUAAGUCACCGGUCAUGGGCGUCCCCGCGCCCCUCUCACCGCGCGGGGCGCGUCAUUCCAUUCCACAUAUUAAUUUAA